ACAUAUAAACCCCUCACUUAGUUUAAUAUAUUAUUAAUUAUAUCCAAUAUAAUUUUCAUCAAUAUAGGCCUUGAAAUUUCAACCAACGGUGGAUAAGUGUCAGCCUUUGGAGAACGACAGCUAGAAGUAUAUUGCACUACGAUGAGCUCGUCUUCCAUGAUGAGUGGUUAACAAUGAUCAUAUGAUUCUAUGAAACGUGAUGUUUCCAAUGGUCAAUUUGGAUCGUCGAAUAAGAAACAAGCAAACAAACACUUGAAAAAAAUAUUUAAACACGACAAGGUGUAACAACAAUUAAUAACGUUGUGAACAGGAAGAUGAGACAGAUCUUUUCGACUGGACAGUUUAUACUGCUCUGUUCAAUCAUCGUAUUAGUUUACAAAUUCUUUGACUGCCAUGAAAUUUGCACAAAACCUGAAUUGAAGAAAUACGAAAAAGUAAUUUUUGAAAGUGAUGCAUAUAAAUAUUCUCAUCACUAUUAUUAUUCCCGGACAAUCCGCUCUAAUCAGUCUCUUCCAAUUGUUAGCGGCACGUUUGAAAGAUUGGUUGAUACUAAAGAUAUCGAUCCGAAGUUCCUGUUUACGUUUUAUGGUUCUCAAGUCAUCAAAUUCAGAAUAUUAAUUACUGGUAGAAUUGAAGUGUACAACCAAGAGUACUCAGGAGGAAUUAAAAAUUAUGUGAGAAACGGUUUUUAUGUGAAAACCGAUAUUUCGGAUGGGCAGGAAUUAUUAGCCGUCAGAAAGUCUUAUUAUAUAGAAGCUGAUAAUGAAAGUAUGUAUCCAUAAAAUGAUUAUUUGAUUACACAUGAAAUAUUCAAAUAUCUACACCAGCAUUCGCAGUACUUGCUUACACAUUUUCUUUUCAUUUUACAUCACUGAAUUCCUUUCAAAAACUGACAGAGGUAAUAAAGUGUAACCAUCCCAGAAAAUUAGGAAGGCGGACUUAUAUGUUGAAUCCAUCGAUUGUUUGAACACAAUGAUUGAGACCUGAAGCACAGUUGACAUAAUCUGGAGCAUACUAGAUUGGACGUGCAAUAAAUAAAUCCGUAUGAAUAAAUUGGGUCUUAAACUCAUUUUACUUGUGGAUAAACGAAUGUAGAGAUACAUCUUGGUCAACAGGCUUCAAUGAUGCUUGAUAAGAAGUCUGUAUUCCGAAAUAAGUAAAUUUGUGUUACUCAACACACGGUCAUUCAUAAAAAUUAUCCAUUCAAAUUAAAAAAUUACAAAGACGAAUAAUCUGGAGCUAUUCAUUUUCCAUCGUUACCAAACACUAAUAAAUCAAUGCGUUGCAUAACCGAAUAAGUUACCAUGUUCUAUUCGUAAACAAACAAACCGUCGCUAAUGUCAGGUGCACUAAGGGUCGAUUUUUUCAUGGGUAAUUAUAGAGAGUGUUGAGCGAAUGCCAAUAACUCAUCAACUAUCAGAUUUAUUUGGAAGCUUGAUGAUUUAUUAUUUCAAUAUGAAAACGGGUUGCAAUACAGCCUCGGAACCUAGUUAUCUGACAUUUAUAUUGAAGGUUGCAUGCUUGCUUUAUUUGCGCGACGUUCACUAGAUUAUAUUUAUUACGAAUUCUACCAAAGAAAACAUUUGAGAUAACGAGGAAAAUACCUGCCUAAGACUGAGCACUUUGCAAGUAGACAAAUACACUUUCGCAUCCAACAAUGACACUAAUGCCUUAAAUUCUGAAUAACGAUAGUCUUCUGUUUGCAGUUCCUGUAUUCAAAAUAACUACUCUGAUACAUCCGAAUGGGAAGAUAUCAAUCUAUUAUGAGAACAUUCCUAGGAUGAUUGCCAAAACCGAAAAGCCGUCGAGCAUUUACGGAUGGUUUCAUUGCGGAGAAAAAGGUGACAAAUCUUAUUUACAUUUUGAUUAACAUCCGCCUUCACAAGCAGUCAUGUGUUAGCCUAAUAUUAACUUCUUUAUGUACUCUUGGAUCACCACAUCAAUACAGAAAUUUGCUGUAUUCUGUCAUUGUGAUCUAAUAUAUCUUUCUUACAGUCUACAUUAUUCAGUAGUGUUGUGUGAAAGCAGAUUGAUCGAAGUAUCAUUGAAGUGUUUAUGAAAAACGUGUGAAAUAAAAUCUGAAUGCUUCUGGUAAACUCAUUGUCCAAACACUACUGUUUAUUGAAAAUUCAAUGUAGAUGAUGUGUUCACACAUCUUGAAGCGAAGUUUAAUAUAAUAUGUGAUAAUAAAUCAAAGUUCAAACUAGUCCUGACAAUACCGCGUGUUUUGAUCAAUUCUUUUGAACAGUGAACCACUGAAUUCAGGUGAACUUAAAUCAAGUAUCUGUGUCUUCAUUCGAGCAACCGACAGCCUUGGUCGUGUCACAAAAACGACUGUCGUUGUUUUAAUGACAUUUUAUUGGUGUUGUUUCUGUUUUAUGUGCUGAAUUCCGUAAACAAUGAACUUCACGAUCCACGUGUGCUGACGCACGCCUAACCUGGUAUACUGAGUAAUAUAACUAUGGUGUGUGAAUAUCUUCAUCAUGGAUAUUCAGAGAAGUCAAUCCCAUUUUUUAACAGUCACUAGUUUAACGAAACCUCGGUUUUUUUCUUCUGUAAAAUUUAUUUCACAAGAUAAGAAAGUAUCUGAAAUAAAUGUUCCUAAAAUAUGGAUCCAAAAUGGAACGUUAGUGGAGUGGGAACCUCUCGGUGAAUGCUCAAAACACGAUUCGACUGAAGCAUGUCCAGACCCAUUAACAUCAAGUACAACGUGCAUUUGGUGUGAAACAGUCAACAUGUGCAUUACCAGCAAUGAUAAGGAUCUUCAUGAAUUCAAAGUAAAUGGCUGCAAGAAUAAAAUCUUGAUUGCCAAUGUUCCCACCGAACCAACAACUCUAGCAACUACUGAAACUGAUCUAAGAAAUGAAUUGGAGAAGACUAGUGGAAGCAUUGAAUCACAUUUGAACAUGACCAAAGAUACAACAACUCUAACAACCACUGAAACCGAUCUAAUAAAUGAAUUGAAGAAGACUAGUGGAAACACUGAAUCACAUUUGAACGUGACUUCAGAUAUAACUGAGGACAUUGAGAAAAGAAAAUCACUGCCAUACGUGUACAUCGUUGUACCAUUAGUUUUAUCUUUCCUUACUGUGGGCAUUGGCUGUGGCAUUUGGCUGUUGUUCUACAGAAGGAAGAGAGUUUAUCCAUAGUCCCAACAAACAGCUUGUCACUUGUUUUCAUCAAGUUGACUUUGUUAUGUUCAUUUUUUAGUUUAGUAAACACACUUUCAAUUUUUUUAAUCAUUUCAAUACAUUGAAAAUUGUUUCAUGGAACUGCAUAUCACAUUGAUGAUUGUUUACGUAAUGACUGAUGUCACUUUGUUGGUAGAAUAUAAAAAUAUAAUUUUUUGUAUUUA